AUGACUCAGCAGGGAACUGAACAGCCGCAGGAAGGACGCGGCGUCCACGCAGGCGCUUCCGCCCGACCCGCGUUUCUCUGUGUGAAGAACCGCGACGCGAAGGACGACGGCGUCUCUCCCGCGUUUCCGCGCGUGACGCUGCCGCUCGGUCUCGGUGAACGGAGUGUAUGUACACUCGAAGAGCUACCACUGCCGCACGAGCCCCGCGCCCAGGAUGCGGCGCUCCUCGCGCACUUGGAGGCCAUUUCUCCCACUUUCCACGGCCUGGAGAAGCUGCAGGAGCAGGGCGUGUCUCCGGGACUGUCUCCGCGACAGUCUCCGGCUCCCGAACGCGCUCUGGGCGAGCAGGAAUCCGAGGCCGAGGCGCAUUCGCCGUUCUCAGCGUCUCUCUCCUCCAGGGCUCUCGACAGAUUCGCUGCAAGUGGAGCCGCGGAAGGCACCGCUGCGACUCUUUGCUGCGCCCAUGCACACUCAGGUCCGCCUGCGAAAGACCCGCCGGUGCAUGCGCCCCAGUCGACUCCACGCUCUGCUGCCUCGAGUCGCAACUCUCCCGCGCCCGCAUGCACGCAGGCCUUCUCCUCCUCACGCGCUUUCGAGGGAGAAUGCGAAGAGAAGAUGCCGGAAGAGAGACAAGGACCUAUUGCCGCGAGCGCCGGAGUUGCAGAGAACUCGCAGCCGCCAGAGAGCGAAGAUCUUCGCUGCGAGUCCUCCUUCGGCUUGACUGAGAGCUCGGAUCACAGACACGCGGCUCGCGUCUCGCCGGAUCUCUCUCCGGCUGUCUCCUGCGAGUUAGAACAAGGGAGGAGUUCCUGCUGCCUCCAAAGAACCAUCGACGCACCUAACAGCCUCUCGAGUCUUUUUUUCAAGGAAGAGCCUCGUGAGCUGGUGGGGGCGCGCUCUGACCGAGAGCCUUCUCUCGCCUCUCUCCUCUCUCCCUCGGAGAGGAACGCUCUACCGUCUCUCCUCUCUCCUCUCGCUCUUGCAGGCGAAGGCGCCGAGGGGCACGGAGGAAACCAAGGAGACGGAGGAGAUCGAGGAGACUCGGCCACAGUUUGUGAGGGAGAAGACGUAUGGAGAGUCUCUCUGAGGCGGCCCUCGGGGCGCGGAGAGAGAGGGGCGGAAGUAUCGAUGGAGGUCGAAAUGGAGAGCGGAGAAGCGACUUUCUUCGUCGAAAAGACGGAGACUUCUCUCAGCGCCAGCCGCUGUCAACGGACGCGGACCCGGUGCCUCUCCGUCUCCAAUGUCCCCUUGCACUCGUGGAUUUCCACUGGGGGCGCGUCCGUCUCUCCUCGCUCGCAGGCUGCAGACGCUCCGCCCUCCGCUUCUCUGCAGCUCCAACUCGAAGGCACGGCCUCUGCCCUCCCUCCUCCGUCGUGCGCAGCCGCACUGGCUGCCUCUCUCUGUGCGUCCCAGCCGCGAGAUCUUCAGGAGGAAGCUGCAGAGCCCGAUGCUCUCUUGCAUCGCGCCACCUGUCUCCUCUCUCCGCGGGCCUGUCUCGCUCGAUGCAAGACCACAGAGAUACCGAGCUUCCGCGAGACGCUGCUGUCUCCGAAGUCCCACCUGUCUCCAAAGACCCAGUUGUCGCCGCAAACCGCGUUGUCUCCGAAGGCCCAGCUGUCUCCGCGAACUGUUCUGUCGCCGCAGACCGUGUUGUCUCCGAAGGCCCAGCUGUCUCUGCAAACCGUGAAAGAUCGCCCUCCAACCGGAGAGUGUCUUUCCUUGCGCGAGGGGUCUUCGGGAUCGAAUGGUGUCGAGUGCGUUUCGGAGCCGUUCUUCUUCCAAGAAGAGAGAACCGACAGUCUUGGAUCAAGAGUUCCAGAGAGUUCUGGAGGCAGAAGCAGUUUUUCGACUGGCGAGACGUUCCGUCGACCUGGGUGGCUUCGGGGAGACACCGCGUCUCCACGGUCGGCCUCUUCGCGGUCGCCGCGCAACACGGUGGGGUCGGCGCUGCGCCCGCGGUCGGCGUCGCCGUGGGCGGAGCGCGGGCGGCUCUCCGCAUCCGAGGAGACACCGAGGACGGUUUCUCCCCUGGACGCCGCGCCUGCGAGUUCUCAGUCUCCAACUUGCAACAAGGAGGACGGCGCUGGGGCGUCUGUUCGGCGUGUCUCCUCGGCGCGGCGAGAGGCGAAGGCCUCUCCGUGUGUGGCGUCCGCGCCGAGCGGGCGCCCGCGGCUGAUUCUCCUCGACUUGGACAACACAUUGAUUCCGACGUCCUGGAUCAUGGCGCAGUGGAGGUCGAAGCAUUGUACGCUGGGGCCUCUCGAGACAGUUGCGGCGAUCCGCGCGGCGCUCUGCGAGGCGAAGUUCUUCGAGGUCCUGGACAGGUUUUUCGCGAGUUUGCGCGACGAGCGAAGCAGCGGCCAAGUCAGUCAGGUGGUGAUCGUGACGAACGCAGGCACGAGGACUGUGGAGAACUUCUACCUCCAGUUCUGUCUCCCCGAACUCGGCGAGUUGUGCGCCCGCGAGCAGGUGUACAUACACUCCACGGAACACGUUGUCAAGCGCCUAGGUCCCGUCCCGUCGAUCACCGACGAAGAGGCCUACCGCGAGUUCUACACCACAACGAAGUACCACGAAUUCGACUUCGUUCUCCAGCGGUACAUCCACGGCCUGCGGCGAGAGCACGGGGCGCUGCGUCGCCAGCAGCUGGCUGUCCACCGGAGAAUGCGGGUGGCUCGGCGGCGCGAGCAAACUGAGCAUAAGCCGAACGCUUCGUCGGCGGCGCUAGACAGCCGAGACAGUCGACCUGAGUCCCCGCAGUCUUGUCCUCGGCCACUGUGCGCGAGGACAGAGUCGCAGACUGUGGGGUCUUCGCCAACUCCAGGCGCAUCCCCCCCUUCACCCUUUCCUUUGUCUCCGCUCUCGACGGCUUCUCGCGCGAAGGAGGAAGUCUCCUCUGACAGCGAGACGGAGUCGACGGAGGAGACGACGUCGUCGUCGGGAGAAGAGCAGGAGCAGGGACGUUCUGCGCAGCCGUCCGCGGCGUUCCCCGGGGAUUGGCGGUUCGACCUCUUGAGCGCGGGCGACCAGGCCUGCGAGAUCAUGGCCGCCUGCCGCGUUGCACACCAGGCCGGCGACGAGGUGAUUCGCCUGGCCAAGUUGCUGUACUUGAACGACCCAGAAGACCCGCGGUACCUCGCGCAGACGCCAGAACGCUUCGUCGCCCAGCUGCUGGACUUCCAGGACGCGCUGCUUCGGCUCCUCGACGCCGACGAAGAGACACUCGACAUGCAGGGCCAGCCGGAGUGGCGCCCAACUGGCGUCUUCUCCUCCGCAGCUGUCUCCGCACCGUCGCGCUUCUUCCUUCCGCCUCUCCACUGUCGCGAAGGUCACCUCGAGUACGUCUUCAGUUCCUCGGACGACGAAGAGGAGGUCGAGGAGGAGCAGUGGAGAGAGGCGCGCCGCAGGAGGCGUCUGCAGAAAGGAGGCUGCGGAGAGGAGGGGACCGAGAAGUCGACGCGGAGAAGCCGCGCAGGAAGAAGCGACGGACGCGAGGCGGAAGCUGCUCGGAGCCAGGCGGCGGAGUGGACGGAGGAGAUGCCGCCACCAGAUGCCGAGGAAGAAUCGACGCAAGCGACGCCGGUCAAGCGGUCGGGGGCCGCCACUCAGACGUCUCUCAGAUCCCAGGACAUGAGCUGUGAAGACGCUGAGACUCCAACCUGGAGCGCCUCUCUCAACAGACAAAUAUCAACGCCUGCAACGGGCUCGAGACAGUCAGGCGUCGGCUCGAGGAGACAGCAGAAGCCUUUCCAUCCCAUCGCCAGUUCCGUGUACUACGCAGACCGCGCGUACAGAUCCGGCCGCCCUCUCUCCCAGGCGUUCGCCGCCGAGCGUUAA